UGUAUUCAGCGCGCUCUCCGCCAUAUCUUUCAUUCAUAUUUUCAAAAAUGAGCGGCGAAAACAUUGGCACUAAAUUUAGAAGAUCGGACGCGACACGCGCCCCUGUCGCAUAUUUAUAAACAUUUUCAUUUCAUAAAUACACGAAUGUCUGUGUAUUCGUAUUUAUGUUCGUACUCCCACAAUGUCAGCUACGUUUUAUGCUCUCAUUUGGGCCCAAACAUCCAUCCAUCUGUCAGUUGUCAUUGUGGCCUCGCAAACAACGGAACAGAGUCAUUAAAAUUGCUAACUGGAGAUGCCCAAGUGGUUAUUGUGCAUGGUAUGUUGUCUGCUACUCAUAGCCUCAUCUCUGGCCAUCGAUGAGCUAGAACCAAAUGUAGAUGGAACUGAAGAAACCACCGACAAGCUGCCCAGCGUGGUGCAGAGAGCUGUGUGCACCGUCAACGCCGGCGAGGUCAAGGCAUCUGCUGAAGCGGUUACCACAAAGACUCUGAAAGGAGUCUGCGGAUCAGAUGAAAUGAAUCUCGCAUUUCGCAAUCUGGAGGAGAAGUUGUACGGUGAAUUGCGGGAAAUCAAGGAAUUACUGAAGAAACUAGCGGAUGUCCAAGAGGAACAGGAUGGCAACGCCAUUCCAAUUGUGCCUGCACCCAGCAUCGUUAAGCCUCUAACUCUGAAGCGCUUUAAGUUUGAGCAGAUCACUGUGAAGCCCAACCAAGAGAUUGCAUCUAAAAAACUUCAACCACUGCUGAAGCAACUAGAGAGUGCGCCAGAGCGGGAGGAAGAAGUGGAUAAAUUCAAUAAUACUAUGCUGGCUGAUGAGGACUUUAAAUUGUUUACGUAUUACUGGAAGCUGGAGAACAUUACGGAGCACUUUGCGAAUGUAUCGACGGAGUCAAUGAAGAGUCCCAUCUUCAGCAUUCGAGGUCGCACAGUUCAGCUGCAGUGCACGUUCCAGCAUUUACAUCGUGAUAUGAUAAAUUUGCAGUUAACACAGGCAUAUCCAUCCAAAUCGAAGGAGAACAAUAUUAUAUUGGAUAUGGGCGGGCAUUUGAAGCAUUUGAAGUGGGCUGAGCAUGAGACAUUGAAGCAUAAAAUUUCGUUGCUCGAUCAGAGUCAGACCCAUCGGCGUACUCAGGAUCUUAGCUCGCAGGAACUGACCAAGCUCGACAUGGGAUUCUCCAUACCGAAUAGCGCGCUCUUGGGCAGCAAUUAUGUGCGUCACAACUCACUGCUAAUACAAGUUAUUUUAUAUUUGUGAUUGGGAUUCUAUAUAAUCAAAACUGUUAUUUAAAAUUAAUGAAAGCAACCAAAA